AUGGGUUUAGUUGUUGUGCCCGCUCAAAUCCAACUGAAUGGAAUCUCUGAAAAAAGGACAUCUGUCAAAGGCAUUGUGCAGUUAAGAAUAUUGUCCGAACCUCAAUUUGAUAUUGCUCUUUCUACCGAAGCUCUUGUAUUAGAUCAAAUUGCUGGUAAUCUUCCUGUCUUUCCGCUUCACCCCGCACUAAAGAAUUCGUUUGCGCAUCUGGACCUUGCUGAUCCUAAUUUUGAUGAGACUGCUGAAAUCGACCUACUGAUUGGUGCUGAUUUAUACUCCAACAUCUUUAUAUCCACAGAAAAUUCCAUUAUUCCUGGUAACCCUGCUGCCUUUGCCACAAUCUUUGGUUAUGUUUUAAGUGGUAGAUUGAAUAUUGAGGACUCACCCGCACCGCUCAACGAAAUGCAGCUCAUUUGCACUAUGUUUGCACAGGAAGCACAGCUCAACACUGUCAUGAACAAAUUUUGGGAAACCGAAGAGGCCAUCCCCAUUCGAAAAGAGUCAUCGCCCGAAGAUGAGUUGUGUGAGAAACUGUACCAAUCCACUACUUAUCGCACCUCUGAAGGAAGGUAUGUUGUGGCACUGCCUUUCAAACCUGGCGCUCCCGCUCUGGGCAAUAACCGCAGCAAGGCAUACUGCAAUCAGUUAGGACUACUGAAAAAAUUGAGUCAAUCUGAUGAACUUGAAACCAAAUACUCUGACUUCAUGCAUGAGUAUCGUGACUUAGGCCACUUGAAAAUCGCUGAUUCUGCUGUAGAUUACAUCAUCCCACAUCAUGCAAUAUUCAAGAAAAACGAUAACACUCAAAAAAUUCGAGUUGUUUUCAAUGCAUCUAGCAAAGAUGCCAAUGGGCUCUCACUUAACAAUGUGUUGCUGCCUGGACCCAAACUUCAAACAAACAUAGUCCAAGUAUUAACCCGCUUUCGUUCAUACCGCUUUGUCAUCCUUGCAGACUGCAAACAAAUGUAUAGACAAAUCUUGCUGAGGCCUGAAGACCGCCAGCAUCAACAUAUAUUUUGGAAACCCACCCACCAAGAAAAAAUUCAAGAAUUUGAACUGUUAACAGUGACUUAUGGAGUAUCUUCUAGCGCGUAUCUUGCUCAGCGUACUCUGCAACAAUUAGUGGAGGACGAAGGUGAAGCUUUCCCACUCGCCAGUCAAGUACUGAAGUCACAAGCGUAUGUCAACGACAUACUUGGCGGAAGCAAUGACCUGAAUACCGCACAUUCACUUAUCAAAGAACUCAAUGAGCUAUUGUCACUCGCCUCCUUUGAAUUGAGGAAAUGGAAUUCCAACACACCUGAGUUGAUUGAGCAUAUGUCGCCCGAAUAUUUGAGCAAUCAGGAAUGCCUGUUUGAUGAUACUGCAACCACCAAAGUCCUUGGCAUUGUGUAUAGUCCGCUUGCCAAUGAUUUCCGAUAUUUCAUCUCUGCCUUUUCUGAAAAAAGCACAAAAAGAACAAUACUCGCUUUCAUUGCACGAAUUUAUGACCCACUGGGAUGGCUAUCACCGCUUAUUCUACUGUUUAAGUUAUUCAUGCGCACUCUGUGGUCUGAACGCCUUGGAUGGGAUGAUGAAAUUCCUGCACCACUAUUAACUCAUUGGAAAUCCUUGGCUACCACUAUCAACCAAUUACACCAGAUUUGCAUACCAAUACUGUUAGCUUGUUCCCAUUCCCCAAUUAGACUGUUGGGAUUUGCCGAUUCUUCAGAGAAAGGAUAUGCCGCCUGCUUGUACCUUCAUGAAGAAGUUGAAAACCGCUUUAUUGAUUGUCAUCUUAUUGCUGCCAAGAGUCAUGUUGCACCCCUCAAAACCCUGACAAUCCCUCGAUUGGAAUUGAAAGGCUGUCUCUUGUUAGCACAACUUGUAUCAGUCAUUUUACCAACUCUAUCAGAAUACAACCUGCUGGAAAUUCGUCUCUACACUGAUUCCAGAACUGCCUUGGACUGGAUCAAUACGCCUACUUACAAACUGCAGAUUUUUGUUGCUAAUCGUGUACAGCAAAUCACUCAAUUAGUGAAACCCGAACUAUUCAAUCAUGUGUCCUCGCUUAACAACUGUGCUGAUAAUGCUUCUUGUGGACUACUGCCAACUAAACUUGUUUCCUGUCAUACUUGGUGGCAUGCUUCUGCCACAUUUCAAUGCCUCUCUGUUGAUUUUCCUGUGUCUAAUCACAUUGUCAGUGAAACAAUACCUGAGAUGAAGUCAAACCUGCUGUAUAUUCUUGCAACUACCCAAGAUGAACCGCUAGCAAACCUGCUAUAUGCCGCUUGUGAAUGUGAUGUGAAGAAGCAAUCCAUAACCUGUGACUGCCUGCGUCGCUUCGUUGUCGCCGCCUUGUGUUAUCUACUUUGCCGCAACAUACUGAUGACUGCACCGCUGUUUGCUGCUUUGCUCCACUUAGCUAUUUUGAUGACCGCACCUCUGUUGACACUCAGCUCCACUUCUAUGACCGCACUGCAGUUCAUGUCUACGCGCAUUCCGCAACUUGUGCUGUGCUGCCCCGCUUGUCUUCACGUCAUGCUCCCAUGUUCACACCACAUUGCUCUGGACUUCUCCACUCACUGUAUUCAAGACCGCAGACCCAUUGCCAUCUAG